AUGCCAGACAACGAAGGCUUCGCUCAACCAUGGCUCGACUUCGAAUCCCAACUCGGCACCCGCCUCCUCCUCCGUGCCUCCACUCCCGCCGAAGCAGACGCACAAUACCUCUCCAUGGCCCCCCUUCUCAUCUCCAAACUCACCUUUCCACCCCCCGACGCCUCCGUAGACACCCACGACCAAACCCUCCCUUCGGGCCCCAAAAUCCGCAUCUACACCCCGAAAACCUACGUCCCAGGCAGCAAACCCGCCUGUGUGUUUUAUCAUGGCGGUGGCUGGGCGAUGGGGGAUCUCGAGGGCGAAGACGCGGUUUGUAGACGUAUAGCGCGGGAUUCAGAGAUCGUGGUCGUGAGUGUGGAUUAUAGACUUGCGCCUAAACAUCCGUAUCCCGCGGGCUUGGAUGAUUGCGUGGAGGCGUAUGAGUGGUGUUUAUCCAACUCUGAAUUCUUGAAGACCAAGGAAGGGAAAAUCGUGACAUGUGGGACGAGCGCGGGUGCGAAUCUGGCGUUGAGUACGGCGUUGAGACUUAUUGACUCUGGAAAGGGGGGAAGUGUGGCGGGUGUGGUUGCGGUGGUGCCUGUUACGGUUGCGCAGGAGGUUGUGCCUGAGAGGUUUAGGGAUAAGUAUCGGAGUUAUGAGGAGCAUGCUGAGCAUACUGUUAAUACUAAGAUGGCUAUGGAGAUGUUUUUUGAUGCGUAUGGAGGAGAUCCAAAGGAUCCUUAUGUUUCACCGAUGUUGCAUACAAAGAUAAAAGAGCUGCCGAGGGUUUACAUGGCGGUUUGUGGACAAGAUACUUUAAGGGAUGAUGGGAGGUUGAUGAAGGAGGUUUUGGAUGAGAAUGGGGUAUCAAAUCGUUACGAAGAGUACGAAGGAUAUCCGCAUUGGUUUUGGGUCUAUCCGUCUGAACAUCUGAAAGAACCAGUGGAGAAAUUCUUUAGUAAUUUGAAAAAGGGAUUUGAAUUUGUGUUGGAAAAGUAG